UCUAAUAAACAUUUACCAGCCCAUUUCUUAAUAUAUCACAAACAUACAGACUUCUUAAUUCAUAUAGUAGUGUUUUAUAAGAGAUAUAGAAACUUUAUUUGGUGUGACAGAAUACAAAUCGAAGAUUUAAUUCAGAGAAUAAAACAAGAAAAUUUAUCUUGGUUAAAAACAGAAAUGUUGGAUAAUCUACGUUUCGGAAGAGUACCUCUUAGUUUUAAGAAAAUAAAUACAACUCGUGGAAUAUUGGGAAACACAAGACUUUUAGUUCCUGAAAAUGGAAGUCAAUUUCUAAAAGAUUAUAAUGAAUCUGAAUUCAUCGAAUGUAACUAUACUAGAGCAGAAAAAUAUUACAAAGAAUAUAAAAUGCCAAGGGAACCUACAGACUUCGCUUUGAAGGCUUUAAAAAUGUUAGAAAAAACUGGAGAAGCGUUGGACAAGCUUGGAAUUCCUUUUACAUUAGGUGAAGGCACAUUAUUAGGUUGGUAUAGACAAUGUGGUAUAACGUCCUUUACCACAGAUUUGGAUAUUUUGGUGUUCAGGGAGGAUUAUAGUGAUGAUAUUCUGACAAGCUUAAAGAAAAUUGGAUUUACUCAUAUGUUUACUUUUGGAACAGUGGAUGAUGGUUUGGAAUAUUCGCUUAUGUUUAUGGGGGUGAAAAUGGAUUUAUUUAUUGUUUAUAAGGAGAGAGAUGUAUUUUGGUUAGGAGCUAUUGAUGGGCAUAGAAAAUUGAGGUUUACUCUACCGAAGUUUACAAAUUGUUGGUCAGAGUUGCUUGGUGUUCGGGUUCGAGUUCCCUGUGAAUCAGCAGCGUAUAUUAAAAAAACAUACGGAAAAAAUUGGCAUAAACCAUUAAAGCAGUUUUCAUGGGCGAGUGAUUCAGCUAAUUUUAAGGUUGUUGGGACUGUAUGA